AUGGAUUCUAAUAGCAGCCAAUCCCAAAGGACGCUCACCGCGUCACCCGCCAGCACCAGAGAGGAGAGCUCUCCCGCGACGGAGGAGGAGCCGCCGCUCGCACACCCCGAUGUCCGCGCGGCGGACUCGCCCAUCCUUCUCGACAACGAUGCAGCGACCGUCACGAAUCCUGCGUCGGCGACGCCGCGACGUACGGCCGGGCCGGCGCUGCCGCCGAUGCCCGUUCCUGCCGUCACCUGUGUCUCGAGCCCCAGCCCCGCCGCGGUGACCAUCACUCCUGCCGUCGUCCCCUCGCACGGCACCUUCUCCUCCACGUCCACCCCCGGCUCCCUCUCCAUUUCUGCGCUGCACCCCAUCGCAGCGGUCGUAUCGGUGACCACCCCACACGUGCACAGCUCCCCCUCCCUGGAGACCAACACCAACACGAACACCAACUCGCAAAGCGGUGGGGGGAGUGCGAGAGAGGUCUCGGCGGCGGCGGUGGAGCCGGAGGCGGAGCCCUUCCUCACGAACGGCUCCAUCGCCUUAGCCGAGUUCACGAGUCUGCUGAAGCCGGCGGAGAACACAAACGUGCUGCGGGAGCACAUCAUGCACCUGCUCCGCAACGUCGACGCGGAGGACACGCUGGUGCGCAUCGCACGGACGUUGGAGGCGCAGCAGGAGGGCGGCGCUCACUCUCUCGCCGAGGUCAGCUCCACCACGUGGACGGAGUCGUCGCGGAUGUCGCCGACCAUGACGAACGCAUCUCACAGCACCGCGGCGUCGGCGCUGCUCAGCACGAAGCAGAGCCGUCGCUCCAGCGCCAUGUCCCGCCACGACGCCGCCAACUUCGAGACGCUCGCUGGCUUUUCCUUUCUGCGCUCGCACCGCCGCGCGACGGACGUGAACCACUCCCCCUCCUCGCACCUCCUGGCGUCGGAGGACGCGGCAGGGCACACCCGGUCGACGCCCGGCGGGGGAGGACCGAUGGAGGUGUCGUACAACUCUCAGUCGUCGCACCUGGCGCAGGACCCGGACAGCCGGCGCAUGUCGAAGCACAAGUCACACGACGAGACCUCCUCGUCCUUGACGGCAACGCGGACGUCGCAGCUGAGCGAGUCCACGACGGCCGCCCUGUGCGUGGAUCCGCUGCAGCACGAAGUCCCUGUGCUGCCCACCGCCGUGCGCGGGGAGGGGCGCCGUGUCGCCGUCUCCGCAGCCCCGUGCGAGGCACCGCCCGGUCUGCUGGACGACAGCGUGGGCGAUGCAAACGUACCCCCGUCGGCGCAGCCGCCACCGCCGCUGCGUGUGAUCGCGAAGACGCCGGCCGAGGAGCAGCAGCUGCGGAGUCUGGUGCGGCGCUGCCACACCUUUGCGAACCUCGAAGCCGAUGUGCUCGAGGACGUGGUGCGGGCAAUGGAGAAGGAGGUACACGCCGCCGGCACCGCCAUUCUCGAGCAGGGGCAGGACUCAACGGAGAAGAUGUACCUCGUGGGCGAGGGGGCUUGCGAGGCGAUCAAGAACGGCAAGUCGAUGGGCUCGCUGCAGUCGGGGGGCACCUUUGGGGAGUUGGAGCUGAUGUACAAGCAGGCGAAGUGUGCCGCCACGAUUCGGUGUGUGACGCGGUGUGUGCUGUACAGCCUUGACGAGGUGAGCUACCACCGCGCCGUCAUGAGCAACUCCCUGCAGAAGCGCAAGAAGUUUGAAAAUUUGACCCUCAGCGUCCCCUUCCUGCGCUGUAUGCCGGACUUUGAGCGGAUGAAAAUCGCGGAGGCCCUCGUCACGCGGGAGUACCGGCGGGGGCAGGCCAUCAUCAAGUUUGGUGCCGCGGGCACCUACAUGCACUUCAUCGUGGAGGGGGAGGUGAAGGUGGUGGGCCGCAAUAACGGUCGCCGCGUCGAGGUGGUGCGGCUGCACGCCGGCGACGUCGUCGGCGAGCUAGAGUUUCUGUUCCACCACCUCACCGUGGCCGACGUCAUUGUCACCUCGCCCACGGUCGUGACGGCCUGCAUCAGCCGCGACCACUUCGAGCUCAUCGUCGGGCCUGUGCAGGACCGAUUGAAGGAGUUCGUCGCGACCUCGGCGACGUACAAGACCUACUACCUGCACGACGUGGCGGACGAGAGCGUGCGGAGUGAUCUGCACCGCAUCCAGUCCAUCCGCGAGCACCGCCGCGUGGCGUCGAAGGACGAGUCCGCGACGCUGGAGGACGUCAACGCGCACGGGGAAGUACUGCUGAGUGCGCCACUUGCGCUGCUCCACGGGGAAGGCAAGCCCGGCCCUGACGGGUCUCCCUGCGUCAAGCCCGAGAGGAACGACGGCGCCGGUACGAUGACGCCGACCGCCGAGGGACUCGACGAGGCGGCCUGUCUGCCGAGGGGCCUCUUGCGCUUCCCCUUUGCCCCGGUGACGGGCAAGGACGUCGCGGUGCUGGCGAUGCGCGAGGACGGCCUCAUCGUUUACUGGAACGCCGUGCUGGAGCGGCUGACGAACUACUCCGCGGAGGAGGUGGUCGGGCAGAACAUCUACUCCUUCUUGCUGGCAGAGCGGGAGCAGCACUCGAUGCUGAAGGCGAUCACCACAGCACGCGACUUCGCCGGGGACGUGGAUACAUUUUUGGAGGAGCGAAACUCGAAGGCGAGCACCUUCACCCUCGCCCGCAGCGACGGACUGACCAGCGCGACGGUGGAGCUGACGGUGGUGCCGCCGAUGGUGUCGGCGGGUGGGGACGCGGCGGAGGUGGUGCUCGGCUUUGGCGAGGAGGUGAAACAGGGGCCGCAGAAGAUGCUGGAGCAGCCGCAGUGGCUCUCCGCGCAGAUCCGCAGCAUCCUGGCCGAUGGCACGCAGACCUUCGAGGAGCGCCUGGAGUGCAUCGCGGAGACGCUGAACAACUUCGAGGCCACCUACCGCGCCAUGACGGUCUCGACGGAGUGCCUGCGGGUUGUGAACAUUCGCCAGAUGGUCGGCCACGUCCUCAUGGACUUCGGUAGCGACUUUGUGACGCGUGGCGUCUCGGUCCGGCAGCGCUUUGAGGGCCUGCCCUCGGAGCGCGCCUACCUCAACGCGGACCUCUUGCCCGAGUGCCUGCGUUACGCGAUGCUGCUGUGUCUCAAGUUCAGCCAAGUCGGUGGCGGCGUCGUGACCAUCAUGAUCACCGUGGCCGAGAAGAACGGGUUAGAGUUUCUGAUCAUCAACUUCAACCUCGCCGGGGACGGCUUGCCGGAGGAAAUCGCGAGUUUCUUCGACACCUCCUUUGGUCAGCACAGCGCCUCGGCAGAGGACGACACGAGCGGAGACGAGGCGGAGGAGGAGGGCGAUGAGGAGGAGGAGAACAACCUCGGCUCCGCCAACGCGACGCCGCGACACGGGCUGCCACCGCGGCUGCGCCGAAAGCUGCGCCGCGUGCAGCGGGCGGUGGAAGAUCAGGGCGGCACGCUGCGCAUUCAGCGCAACCCCGACGACGCGAACAUCGUCUUCCUCAUCCCGUUCAUGCCCGCCGGCGACCACGACGUGGAGAACGCCUCCGUGGCGGAGUCGCUGCACGCGUUGAUUGAGCCCUCCAGCAGGUCGGUGUCCCUCACCAACCUGCCAGCCGGGGCGGCCACCUCGCCGGGGCUGCCGGCCACCGUGCCACGAGCCGUCCAGCCCGGCGCCGCGCGGCUCCCCCCGGGCGACCACAACGAAGACAUCGGCAGCGUCUCUGCCCCGGUGACGCCCGGCGACGAGAGCGGCCUGAUGAACGGCUCCUCCGGGCCGAACCAGCCGAGCUUCUGCUACACCACCUGCCUCGCCGAGGACACCCCGGCCCACCGCAUUAUGAUAUCGUCGUUCCUCUGGGAGCGGCGCCACGCCGUGCUGACCGCCUUCAAGUUCGAGGACGUCGUCAAGCUGUUCGGCGUGGCGGAUAUCCUUAUCAUCGACUUGCAGCAGUCCGUCAUCAACUCGCUGCACGACGAGGACCCGAUCAGCCGUCUGCGCGAAAUGCUGCGCCACAUGGCCGUCAUCAUCACCUCGACUAGCUUCGAUUUAGCGAGCAGCGACACCUACGAGGCGGCGGGCUUCAUUACGCUGAAGAAGCCGUGCACGCCGGUGCUCGCCAUGAAGGCGAUCCGCCGGGCAGAGGAGAAGUCCGCCGUGGUGAAGCUGGAGCGCAUGCGCAUUGAGCAGACGCGCGAGACGCUGGCGCGCAACAGCCGUGGGGCGUGGCGCCGCGGUGUCCUCCUCGGCAAAGGCUCCUUCGGCGAGGUCUACGAAGCCUUCGACGUCCUGACGGGCGGGAAAAUGGCCGUGAAGGAGAUGCGGCUGGGUGGCAACGAUGCGAAGAUCGAGCAGUUCGCGCAGGAGAUCAGUACAAUGUGCAACCUGCAGCACCCCAACAUCAUCCACUACUUCUACUGUGAGGAGAGCGAGGAGCACCGGGUGCUGCGUGUGUUUAUGGAGUUCGCCGGCGGCGGCACGCUGCAGUCGCUGCUGAAGAAAAAAGGCAAGCUAGAGUUCACAGAGCUGCGCGCACUGCUGCAGGACGUCGUGGAGGGCCUCGCGUACAUCCACUCCCAGCACUACGUACACUGCGACAUAAAAACCGCCAACGUGCUUCUCAGUGCAGAGGGCAAGGGCAAGAUCGGCGACUUCGGCACCGCGCACACGGUGCACGACGGGGAGCUGCUGUACGUCAUGCAAGGCAGUCCGUUGUACAUGUCCCCGGAAUGCAUGUCGGCCGGGGAGGAGGACGAGGACGGCCACCCGAUCGGCUACAGCUUCCCGAGCGAUAUUUGGUCUCUUGGCUGCGUUGCGAUGGAGAUGGUCACGACGAAGCCACCCUUCUCGCACGUGAAGGACCUGAAGGGCCCGGCUGGGCUGACGAACUACAUCACUUCCCUCACCGACGUGCCUGACCUAUCGCCGCUGUUCAAGUGCGAGCCGUGCGUCGUGGAGUUCGUCUCGGCGUGCUUGAAUCCCGACCCCGCGCAGCGCGCGACCGCGCAGGAGCUGCUGCAGAUGAGCCUCUUCAGCGAGUCGACGCCCGGCGACAACAACUCCGCCGUGAAGGCGCUGAAGCGGGCGCAGCUGCGCCACGUCCUCAGCAAAUUCGUCGCCUUCCAGGAGCCGGAGGAAGUGCACGAGAUGCAGCGGCGACGCGACAAGUUCCGCGUGCGGCGGCGCAGCUCCGACUUCUUCAGCAGCAGCGCCAGCGCCGCGAGCGAGCGGGUCUCCUCGUCAUCCUUCUCAGCGACGGUUGCCUCCCUCCACUUGCCGGGCUUCUCCAAGAACGAAAAGGGCGCGGCCGCCGUGGCCGCGGGCAAGCCGAAGAGCACCGGCGCGGGCGACGACUCGGACGUGGAGGCGCCGCAGCUGCGCAGCGCGACCGCGGUACCCCUCCGCCACGGUGGCGGGAGUGAUGGGACAUCAAAGAACGCGGACGGCACCCCCGCAGCAGUGGGAGACGAUGCCGACGCAAAUCAGAGCAGCAAGCGGCGCGACGGGGGGACGACUGGCUCAAAGACCUUGCGCCGGUGGCACUCCUCCUCCUCGUCGUCCCUCUCUGAUCAUCCAUUCGUACACGAAGACGAAGACGGCGGCGCUUUGCACGCCACUUCCACGUCGGUGCCCUCCAUGAAUUCAGCUCCCCUGACCGAGGCAACGAUAGCGGGCACGGGCGGGGAGCUGCACACGCCGCCUCGCCACGGCCCUCACCGCGACCCACAAGCAGGCGCAGACGACGACGGCGACGGGGAAGAUGAGCCGGAGCCGCGGAUGCCGACGAGCGACGACGCCUACGACUUGUCGCCCACACCGAAGAAGCGCUCCACCACGCAGUCGCGUCCUGCCGCGCUGCGCGAGCAGCAACAGCGGAGUAAGGCGGAGAAGCACGCCUCCUCUCGACGGCGGCCGCAACGACAGCGUAGCAGCAGGGAGAGCAGCGGCGGCAGCACCUCCACCAACAGCAACGAAGCAGCCUUUUUUGCAACCUCCUCAGAGAGCAGCAGCCGCGACGACGGCAUCCAUGAGAAUAGUCACCCCAGCAACGUCGUUUCAACGGAAGAGUUGACAGCACACGUGGGGAAGACGCCGGUCGCGGAGGCGGCAGCUGUAACAGCCAUCGUGGGCACACCACUGAGCAGUGCCGAGGCCGUGAAAACGGUGGCGGCGAUGACUGUCGGGGAGGCCGUCGUCACAAAUCUAAGCAGCAACCCCCUCUCCGUUUCCCCUGAGCGGGAUCCCGGUCCCGGCCACGGCACGGUCGCGCCGGCCGUCACCCACGGCGACAACGAUCCAUCCUCCACGCUGCUGCCCAGUGCGAUGCCAACCUUCACGGGUCGUCGUCGCAACGUGACGUUGGAUGAGGAGGGCAACAUCGUUCCCUUUGAGCACUCCACCGGCCCCGGUAACGCGCCGUUCCCGCCGGAGAGGCGAGAAGCUGGGGUGGCAGGCAGUCACGGCGUGACGUCCCCAAAGCCCGGGACAACCGCCGCCGCAACAGCAGCGGCAGCAUCCCUCCACGACGACGCCUCUCCCAUGAGUGCGUCCGGCGAGCAGGCCGCGAGUCCGCCGGUGGCCCGCACCGGCUACCCCGCCGGCAGCCCCCCCAGCACGGCAAUCCCGCCGCCGGCCACCAACGUGUCCUUCACGCACCACCCACCCAACUUCUCCUUCUACAACUACAGCUUCAACAAGAACAUCAGCUUCAUGGGGGCCAACAUCGAGGAGGUCCUCAGCAAUGCAGCGAACGACUUCUUGAACAACCUGGCGGCGGCGAGUAAUGGCAGCCUAACGAGCAUCGUACACGCCCACGUGCCGACCUCGAACAGCAUCUUCAGCGUCGACGCACAACCUGCGUCGUCGCUGGUGGCGGAACGGCGUGGCAGCACGCACAGCAGCAGCAGCCACCACGACGCGGAUGCGCACGUCGACAACGUGCCGCCCCUCAGCAGCCACAUGGAGAGCGCGGCGGCGACAGCGGCGGCACGUCGGGACUCCAACUCGCCGGGCUCACCGCCGGACCUCAGCGCCUCGGCGACGCUGCCCGUGCACCACAACAGCGGCGAUCACGCCGUGGCAACGGCGGAGGGAGAGAAGGGCAUCGAGGACGCGGGCAAGGCGUCGCACUCCGGCUCCCGCCACGACUCCCCGCCGCCGCAAGUGCCGCGCUUCUCACCCGCGCCGCAGCGCAGCGCCCGCUCGAUCGGGUCCGCCGGCAACAGUGAAGCGACGAGCACGUCGCCGCGCAGCAUCAACGUGCCGUUGGUCGGUGCGAACGCCUCUAUGGCGCGUCGCCCCGCCCGAGCACGGCCGCCCAUCACAAAUCAGUCCUUCUUCGUCGUCGAGGACCGCGACAUCCCGCUGCUGGGCAACGGCUCCAUCACAAUGUCCAGCACCCCGUUCUUUGCCCUCACCGGCGCCGGCGUCAACUCCUCCGUCGUCGGUGCGAAUGCCACGGCGUCGGUGGCGCCCGUCAGCGCUACCAGCUUUCCAAACGGUGCCGCCGCUGGCAGUGGGAGGGGCGGGUCUGUGGCGGGCGAAAGCGCCUCUUCGAUCUUCCGGCAGAACCAGAACGUCGCCGUCGUCGCCCCUGCGCCACUCUUUUCGACGUUCGCUUUCUCGGCAGCCGCGCGCGACGCGUGGCGGCAUCGUCACCGCUUCGGCAACAGCACUAAUAACAAUAACAGCAUCGCCCCCGGCAGCAGCCGGACCGUCCUGUCGAACAGCAACGAGUACAGCCCAUACUCCCGGAGCCGCGGCGAGAACCACGAUAACGAGCAUGAAGGCAGCAGGAGUGAGAAAGGCGACAACGGCGGCGUUGGUACGACGUCUGUGGAUGAUGCGGUCGUCGCGGUGGCACCCGCAGAGGGCAGCCUGUAUGACGAAGCGCCGCUGAGCAGCGCCGCCUUCGAAUCGGCUCGCUCUAUCAGCUCUCGGCAGUCGUCGCAGCACGGAGACUCGCCGUACUUGACGGUGGAGCGCUUGCAGCAGGUGACGGGUCCGGCGCCGUACGACAGUCACAGCUCGGAUGAGCACGGUGUUGCCUUACCCAGCAGUCUUGCCUCGCCCGAAGCCGCGCCGCUCUUUGCCCACCUCAAGCGCCUGCACCAGUCGUUGAUCGAUGUAGCGGCGCAGCUGCACGCACGACAACGCCGCAGCAACACCGACGUCGUCACCCGAGCGGGGCCCGACAGCGCCGCCGGUGGGGAUCCGCGCGUGAGUCCCUCGCUCGGUGCGCAGUCCUCAUCGCAGGUGCUGUCGCCCGUGCAGCACCCACGGCUCGCCGCCGUCUCUGCGCACUCGACGCACAGCCCGCUGCUCCCCAUGCCGCCUUUCCUGCCGCCCUCAUCCGCCUCAGCCUCCGUCGUUGCGGUUGCGGAGGGUAGUCUCGGUGCGGUCGGGUCACGGGGUGGGCGGCCAUCGCUGCCACGGCCCGUGUCUUCCUUUCAAGGCUCGCUGACGGCCUCGACGACGAAGCCAACGCGCACGACGCCGCUGCUGGGUUCACAACUGGGCCGCAGCAACCCGCUCUGGCCGGCGGACGAGGAGGGAGAGGACCAUCGCAGCAGCAGCAGCAGCAGCGGCACCGAGAAGAGCGCGGCGGCUUCAUCAUCAUCGAUGCCGCCCUCCCAGACUCAUUCGAGCACGUCGGACUCCGCCGCGGUGACUGCGCCGGCGACGCGGAAUGCGGGGAAGCUACGCGGUUACGGCAGCGAUGGCGACGGUGUCAUGAGCAGCAGCGGCAGCGGUAGUGGCAGCGGCGGCGGCGGCGCAGUGGAGGCGCUGCUGCAAAAGACGCUGCAGCAGGUAAGUAAGUUGAUGGAGCAGAUCUCGCAUUUGCCGCCGCCCGCACCGCCGCCGUCGCGUCCGGCCAUCGCGCGUGGUGUGGAAGGAACAGCGUAA